UCAAACUUUCUUCAACUCUUAAGAACAAGAACAAUACUAGUCUUCUCUUCACCAAGAUCCCUAUAAUAUAUCAGCAUACAUACUCUUCUUGGAAAGGCAAGAAACAUGAAUCAACAAGAAGCUGCGAGUACUCUUGAACUUGAUCUGAAACUAAAUAUAUUGGAUUCGUCUUUGCCGACUGUGAGCCCAUCUUCAUCGUUAUGUUCAGAAGAAGCUGAAGGUGGAGGAGGGGAGGCUAAAUCAAUGGUGGUCGUUGGCUGCCCUAAUUGCAUCAUGUACAUCAUCAUGACUUUGGAUAGUAGUAACCCUAGAUGUCCUAGAUGCAACAGCCAAGUUUUGCUUGAUUUUAUCACAGGCUACAAUACCAAGAAGAGUAGUAACUAAUAAGAAUAUAUAUAUCCAACUAAGAAUGUAUUUUUUUCUUUUCGUUUUUUUUAAAAAUAUGUUUUCAUGAUUUGUUGCUACAUCUUUAUAGUUUGAAUGAAUCUACGGUGCACGGAUGUGCCCACAAACCGGAAUCUCUAUACUUUUGUUUAUAAAAACAUCGUUGAUU